GAAAUUGGCAAGGGCAUAGGAAACAGGGACGUGUUACCCGUCAGCCUUUAAAGGCUGAAGCUUCCGGUUGGUGACUGCUAUUGGUCAGCUUGUUGCUCCUUUCCCAAAUGUCAUACCGAUCAAGAUCUCGCAGCCCACGACGAAGCUACCGUGACUAUAGCCCAGACCGCCAAUCAUACCGUCGACGUGGAAGGACACACUCUAGAUCGCGUUCACGUACACCUUCGCGCUCACGGUCUCGGUCACCCUAUGAAGAUCGUCGUAGACGAAGGGAUUUCAACCGCGGUGGACCUAGUGAAGACACAUUUGAAUAUCGUAGGAGAACUCGCGAGGAGGCUACUGUGACAUUUUGGGUGCCAUCUCCAGAAUUACGACCUAGAUCACCAAGUCCAACUUCCGAUACUGGUAAAAAAUCGAAGCGCUCUCGACGCUCUGCUCGCUAUUCUGACGAUUCAGAUGAUAAUUCAGCAUCUGAAGACGACAAGAGCCGACGAAGAAAGUCCAAAAAGUCUAGCCACAAGAAAAGAAAGAGUAGCAAACAUAAAAAAUCUAGUAGCAGUAGUCGAAGGAAACACAGACGAUCAUUAACACCGACUGACGAGUCUGCGAGCGAAGAUGGUAGUCGAUCAGAAAAAUCUGCAUCAAACGAUAAAGAUAGAGUACUUGAAGUAGAUGAGACUCAAUUGGAUGCUGUCCCGGAUCUAUGGGUUGAGAAACAAGUUGAGAUGGUGGAUGAUUCUGCACCUGUAGGUCCUCUACCUGUAACAGCACACGACGACCAUUUGAAAGAGAGGGCAUAUGGAGGAGCACUUCUACCCGGUGAAGGUUCAGCCAUGGCGGCAUAUGUUCAGGAAGGCAAACGUAUUCCUCGACGUGGUGAAAUUGGACUCAAAAGCGAUCAGAUUGAAUCUUUUGAAUCUGCCGGUUUUGUCAUGAGCGGUAGUCGUCAUCAACGUAUGAACGCAGUGCGUAUGAGAAAGGAAAACCAAGUCAUUUCAGCCGAAGAAAAGCGUUUACUUCUCACUCAUGCAUCCGAGCAGAGGCUUAAGAGAGAAAAUGAAAUUAUAUCUGGAUUUCGUGAUAUUCUUAGCGAAAGGCAAAAGAAAUAAACCAUGGCCUGCCAGCCAGUUAGUUUGAUCAA